AAUAAUUUUUUACCAAUAUUUGUUAUAUGAGAAUAUUAUUUUAACACAGAAUAUUUCAAAGAUUUUAAAAUGGGGAUUAAAGAAUUAUGGACCAUAUUAGAGCCAUUUAGUGAACGCAGGCCGCUAUAUCAAUUAGAAGGAAAGACUGUUGCAAUUGACUUAUCAGGAUGGAUUUGUGACAGUCAAAAUAUAGUUGAAUACUAUGUUCAACCUCACAUGUUCAUACGUAAUUUAUUUUUUCGAACAUGUUGCUUGCUCAUGAUCGGUGCUGUGCCAGUAUUUGUAUUAGAAGGGAAAGCACCCUCAAUGAAAUCAAAUACCAUGAGCAAAAGAAAUGAGAUUCAAUUCCGAGGUGCCAAGCCAAGAAAUAUAGAAACUAAUAAAGAGAAAAGCCAGAAGAAGACUGGAAACAGGUCUAGGUUUAAUGCAGUGCAAAAGCAAUGUGAAAAACUACUUAACGCAUUAGGUCUCAAAUGCGUUUCUGGUCCUGGUGAAGCAGAAGCAUUUUGUGCCUAUUUAAAUGAGUUGAAGUACGUAGAUGGAAUAAUUAGUCAAGACUCUGAUUGUUUUGGCUACGGAGCAACACGUGUGUAUAGAAAUUUUUGUAUAUCUCAACAAAAUACACAAGGUGGAUCAGUUGAUGUUUAUGAUUUGAAAAAAAUUCAGGAAGUAAAAAAAAUUGGACGUAAUCACAUGAUUUGCCUAGCACUGCUUUGCGGUUGUGACUACUGCCCUGAAGGAGUCGGAGGUGUUGGCAGAGAUGCAGCAUUGAAAUUAAUCGAAGUUUAUGAUGAUGAUAAAAUAUUGGACAGAAUGCGUUCAUGGCGCGACAAUGAUGAAUUCGGUAUCUUGGAAGCAAAAGUGGCAGAUAAAAGAAUAUGCAACCAAUGCGGUCAUUUGGGUAAUCUCAGAAAACACUUAAAAUCCGGCUGCAGUUCGUGUUCAACAUUUUUGGGGUGCAAUGUAACAGAGUAUAGAGGAAAAAACAUACUUCUGAAGAAUGAGUUAUCAAUUCGCAAAAAAGCUAUUGUCAAUCCCAAAUUUCCUGAUGAAGAAAUAAUAAAUGAGUUUUUAACAAAGCCUUCUGAUAAACCGCAUCUUAAUUUGUCUUGGAGCAUGCCUGUGCUGCAUGAAUUUGUUAGUAUUAUGUCUAAUGUAUUAGAAUGGGAUGAAAUUUAUUCAUUUCAAAAGUUUCUACCUUUGCUGACAAGGUGGCAUUUGAAAACCGAAAGUAGCAAUUGCACAUUAAAACCAAAGGUGAUCCACAAAAGGAGAAAAGUGAAAGGUACAGCAAGCUUUGAAAUUAUAUGGGAGGAUGUAAAGGGCACUUACACUGGUCUUAUUCCCGAAGACCAGUUCUUGAAUUAUAUAGAAGUAAAUAAAGGUCUUUCACCUUGGGUAACUGUGGAACCUGAAGAGUUAGUUAAAAACAAAAUACCCAGAACUAGUAACAGCUUUCAAUGAGGCUACAAAUUUGAAAAAUGUAAAAAAGAAAUCUAAAAAACCUACUGCAGUUAAAGCAACAAAAGGAGAAAAGAGAACUCGUGUGGAUAAAAUAAAUAAUGCACAAGGUUCAAGCAUAAAACAAUUCUUUAAAGUCCAGAAGAAAGUUCAUACCAAAUCGUACACACCAGAAACAAAAAGUAAUUUAUCAGGACUUCUUUCGCAAAUAGCAUGUGAGGAUGAUGAAGAAUUAAAUUUAUCUGAUGUUGUUGAAGAUAUUAUAUCUCGACCAGGGAUACUUUCUAAACCCAUUGAACUAGAGUAUGAAAUAAAAGAUACAAAGCUGGAGGCUCAACACAAUGAUUCAAGUAACUUCUUUUUCGAUCAGAAUAUUUUGCAUGAUGAGUUUGAGAAGACUUUUGAUAAUUUGACCAAAGUAUAUGCUGC